CGCAACAGGAUGGGUAGUGCCGACCUCGUAACUGACAAGUUAUCGCCUGAAAAUGGUAAUGCCGUUCAAACUAACGAAGUCGUCGAAGAUGAAUAUGGACAAAAUCUAAAAAUUCUACCGACAAAUGAUCAAAUUAAAGAGCUACAAACUAUUUUACGAGACAAAACUACAACCAGGAGUGAUUUUAAAUUCUAUGCGGAUCGUUUGAUAAGGCUAGUUAUUGAGGAAAGUCUAAAUCAGUUGCCUUUCUCAAAAUGUGUAAUCACCACACCGACUGGUGCCAAAUAUAAAGGUUUAAAAUAUCAAAAAGGAAACUGUGGAGUAUCAAUUGUAAGAAGUGGAGAAGCAAUGGAGCAAGGUCUCAGAGAUUGUUGUCGUAGCAUAAGGAUUGGAAAAAUUUUGGUUGAAAGUGAUGUUGAUACGCAUGAAGCCAAAGUUGUUUAUGCAAAAUUUCCAGAUGAUAUAGCUCAAAGAAAAGUGCUACUGAUGUACCCUAUAAUGAGUACUGGAAAUACUGUGAUAAAAGCAAUAGCUGUAUUAAAAGAACACAGUGUGCUAGAAGAGAACAUUAUUCUGUCAAAUUUAUUUUGUACGCCAUUUGCAGCAAAAACUUUGGUUACUGCGUUUCCUAAGAUGAAAAUACUUACAUCAGAAAUACACCCAGUGGCUCCAAAUCACUUUGGACAAAAAUAUUUUGGCUGUACAGAUCGAGGCGCAACGAAGAAAUUUACGAUAGAUUGAUAUUUUCAACUGUCAAAGAAAUUUACAAAGAUGUGGAAGACAAACAUAUGCGUUCAAAUUAAUGCCUAAUGUAAUAUUUAAGCAUUCCUAAAAAUAUAUAUAAACUAUUUUUAAUUGAAAAAUCUCGGCUUAUGAUCAAAAGUAAGAUGGACGCAAUAUCAUUUUUUAAAUAUUACCAAAGCUUAAUUAUAUUCCUAAUAGUCAAUCUUAUAGUUUUUAUGACGGUUAUUAUUUGGACCAAUAAGUUUCAAUUUAUAAGCUUUUGUAAUUAAAUAAAACAGUUUUAGUCGCGAUAAUAUAAUAAUUUAUACCUGUUAUAAAAUUUAGUUAUUCCUACGCGUUAUGUAAAUAAUGUUUUUGCUCAAAAUACAAGAUAUAUUUAUCGAAUUUUAUGUUAUUUAACUUGUUUCUAUCCUAUCUCACUUUUUUGUUAUAUUUAUAUGUAUCUAAAGAUACUUUCAAAGAAUUUCUCGUCGAAAUAAAUCUUUUAAGGCAAGGACAACUUUUAGCUGCAGGAAUGUACAUUUCAACAUUUAUUCUUGUUAUAAGCUAGCAGUCUCUUUUAACUUGAUCAAAUACAAAUUCGCUUUAGGCUAUGCAACUGAUUUUUACAAAUAAAUCGUGAUUUCAUAAAUUUGUUUAGAGCUACAAGAUUUAAUUUAUAUGUACAAACUUUUCAAUUGCAACAUAAAAGCAUAAAAUAAAAUAUAAUUUCCUCUGUUCAAUAUUCAUAUACC